UUUAUCGCUCUACCCUAAACCCUAAAAAUUGCAGUCUUCGAUGGUUACAAUUCGACUUAGCUGUGUAUUUUUUUGUCCCAAAGAAAAUAAAAAAGGUGAGUUUUUUUCACUUAUUAGUUUGCCAACGAAACCAGGAUUAAUCGAAAUAAUCAAAAAUUCAAAAUCCGAAAACCCAUUUCCAAGAUCAAAAAUAAAAAUUGAAACUUGAGAGAGAGAGAUUUUGUUGGAAGUUCUGAGUUCAGAAGCCAAUGGAAUUCUGCCCAACUUGCGGGGUCAUGUUGCUAUAUGAGCUUCCAGAUCGGGGCCGCUCUGCAAGAUUUUACUGCCCCACAUGCCCUUAUGUCUGCUCCUUAGAAAGCCGGGUUAAGAUAAAGAGAAGGCAACAUCUUGUGAAAAAAGAGAUUGAACCGGUCUUUUCUCAAAAUGAUCUGACGAAAGGCCCCCAAACUGAUGUAACAUGUCCAAAAUGUGGUUAUGGAAAGGCUGCAUAUGAGACGAUGCAAACUCGUUCUGCCGACGAGCCAGAGACAAUAUUUUAUGCUUGCUUGGAGAAGAGCUGUGGGCAUAUUUGGCGUGACUAGGACUUUCAUCAUCCGAAUUAAUACGAUUGGAGGAGAUUUUGGCAUUUUUUAGUGGUCAUGUCUUUUAUUUACACCAGUUUUCAACUGUUCUGCUUAAGAGUUUUGACCUUUCCAGGAUAACUUUGAAUCUUGGUCAUUCGAUUGUAGACUCAAGUAAUUUUAUAAGCAGUUUUUUUCUUCUUUAUUGUGGACCGUCAAUUUACGUUAUUUGUUCUUGCACUUAUAAUGAAUAAUGUGCUGUCAAGUUUAAAUAAACCUGACUUAUGUAAUACCCUUCCCAAAUUCUGGUCCU